AUGGAGAAAACUGCUGAUUCAAAUUUCGAAAGUGAAGAGCCAGGUAGCACUACCAGUAGCAACUCCUCUAGUGUACAUCAUGCAGGCCGGAAAGAAAGCUCGAUAUUCUCCCCUUCCCCAAUUCAAGGCCAUCCCGAUACCACUAAGAACACGAAGAACCUACCUCCAUUACCCAAGUCUAGAGCGCACCACCAAGUAUAA